CCACCCUGUCAGCAUUAACUGCAGUAUAAGAAAUGGGCUUUGGAUAGAUAGACAGACUCCUAGCUCCGGUCAACCGUCAAAAUGUCCAAAGAAACUCUCUUUCUCUGGCUGGUGAUUGAGUGUUGGGGGCUUUAUCUGACACCGGCCACAUCAGAGAUUGUUGUGAUGGGGUUUUUGGGCCAGCCUGUGACUUUGCCCUGUCUGUACCCAACCUGGUCUCAGCACAGCAAUAGCAUGUGCUGGGGGAAAGGCCAGUGCCCCAACUCCGGUUGCAACGAGGAGCUCAUCCACACCGAUGGAACGCGGGUGACCUCAAGAAAGUCAGCAAAAUACAGACUUCGGGGGACUCUCCAGAGAGGCAAUGUCUCCUUGACCAUCUUAAAUCCCAGCGAAGGUGACAGCGGUGUGUACUGCUGCCGCAUAGAGGUGCCUGGCUGGUUCAACGAUGUGAAGUUACACAGGCGCCUGCAGCUACAGAGAGCCCCGACAACCACAAGGAGAACAACAACCACACGCAGAACAACCACCACGAGCCCCACCACCCCACAAAUGACAACCACCACAGCUGCACUGCCAACAACAGUCGUGACCACACCCGAUCUCACAACCAGAACACCACUUCCAACGACAACCAUCGCUGUCCUCACAACAGCAGACUCGUGCCCUUCACCAAGCCCAAGCACCCUUCCAGAGGCGGCCACAGGUCUGACUCCCGAGCCUUCUAAGGAAGGGCCCAUCCUCACUACAGAAUCAGAAACUGUCCUCCCCAGUGACCCCUGGAGUAAUGCUGAGUCUACUUCUGCAGACACUGCCCUGCUGACAUCCAAAGAGUCCAAAGUUUGGGAUCUCCCAUCAACAUCCCAUGUGUCAAUGUGGACAACAAGUGACUCAGUGACUUCUCCUCAGCCUGGAGCAUCUGAGAGAGCAGUUCCUGAGCAAAACAAAACAGAAACAGGACAGAUGGAUGGAAUGCCCACACUCACGAAGGAUGAAAUAGUCACCUCCCAACUACUGAUGGUCGUUGUCCCCUCCUUGGGAUUUGUGCUGUUGGCAUUGCUCGUGGCAUUUAUUUUCAGAGAGGCUCAGUUUUGUCACUGUCUCCAUCCCAGCCAAGGAAGUAACAAAGAAACUCAUGGAACUCAAUUGUUUGCAGAGGCACACGAGGCUAGGCAGCACUGGAGAUAGUAAAAAUGUCCUCAGUGAUACGCGGCAUGGAAGUGAAGAGGAAGAUGGCUUUUUCACCCUCUAACAUGCUACUUUUCGUUAGGCUUGAGAAUGGGGUCAUGAAAAUUGAAGUGUCAAAAUAAAUUAGUAGGUUUA